AUGUGCCACCAGUACUACUCCAGCUUCACCCAGUGCCCCUGCCAGCUAAAGCGCUUCUUCUGGCGCUGCAAGCACGGCCGCCGAUCGCCCAAGUGCAAGUCCGUCCAGAAAGUCGUGCUCAAGUCGGGCGACGCGCUCUGCGAGUACCACGCCAUGGUAGACAGACGCCGAUGGGACCGAAGCCGGCGGUUCCAGCGCCACCGUGGCCGCAAACCACGGGCCGCGCCGGGCCCGAAACCGCUAUGCCGCGAGUCCGUUUCCUCCGCCAUGGUCGCCGACCCCUUUCUCUUCCCUCCUCCCGCCGACCCCUACGAUUCUUCCUGCUGGGAGAGCGAGCCGGACCCCGAGCCGGAAAGCGAGGAUCCGGAGAUCGGGUCGGAUACUAGCUCUGGCAGCGAGUACUCGGGUAACGAGGACUAA